AUGUCGACAUCAUUAGCAGAACAACUACGUCGUCUCCAAACUCCACAAACAUCACAGUUUGUUGAUGCACGAAAGCGUCAUUCGAUUUUAUUCACUUCAGAAGAAGCAGCAACAAAAUCACGCGAGACAAUUUAUGAGAUUGGAAUUAGUGGACUUCAUGAAUUAAUCGAAUUGAAUCCAGCUUUUGCAGAUUUUGAAGAUACUCUGUUUGAGCUAACUGCAAAAGACAUACAACGAGCAAUUGAAUCGAAGGAAGUUAAUGCGUUACUGGAUAAAAAUAUCAAACGAUUCAUGUUUCACUUUUCGCCUUGCUUCAUGAUAUGUCUUGAAUGGCUCAUUCGUCGAUUCAGUAUCAAUUUAUAUAAUAAAGAUGAAUUUCUUAUGUUGAUAUUUUCCAUAUCAUCAAACAAAUAUGUUCGUUCGAUGCAUUCAAACAAUGAAGUUAAACAUUGCUGGAGAUAA